AUGUCCCCACCAGUCCUGUUGAACUUAACGCAGAUCCAUGAUUUCAUAACCGAUGCCCUUAAACAACACCAUGUGAAAACUGGAGAAUUCAUGGGACCUUGGUUCACCAAAAUGAACUUCAUCGUCACCAGCGACCCCAUCAACUUGCGCCACAUUGCCAUCAAGAAUUUGCACAACUACGUUAAAGGCCGCGAGUUUCGUGAGAUUUUCCAAGCUUUUGGAGGCACCAUAAUCGCUGCUGAUUAUUCAGAUAAGUGGAAAUCCACCAGCAUAUGUUCGACGAUUCUAGGAUUUGAUCCUGGUUCCCUUUCCAUUGAUUUCCCUGAAAUCGCGACGGAGAAGGCUUUAAAUGAAGCAGAGGAGUGCAUGUUCUACAGAAACAUCGUGCCUAAAUGUGUCUGGAAGUUGCAAAAAUGGCUCCAAAUUGGUCCAGAGAAGAAGAUGAGCAGAGCAUGCAGAACAGUUGAUCAAUUCCUAUAUCCAUGUAUAGAGUCUACGCGAAAGGAGCUGAACAAAAAUGAGCCAUUGCUUGAUGAUCAAGCUCAUGUUGACAUGCCAUUGCUAAGAGCAUUGAUGAGAGAAAAUAAAGGUAAAGCAUAUGAGUAUGAUGACAAGUAUGUUAGGAAUUCUGUAUAUGGUCUUCUUGAUGCAGGGAGAGGCACCAUUACUUCAGCUCUCACCUGGUUCUUCUGGCUUGUUGCUAAAAACCCAUUAGUGGAAACCAAGAUUCUUGAAGAAAUCAAAGAUAAUUUUGGGGAUGAGAAAAAGCUAGUUUAUCUCCAUGGUGCUAUAUGUGAAACUAUGAGGCUUUACCCUCCUGUACCUUUUGAGAGGAAACAAGCAAUUGAAUCUGAUGUGCUUCCAAGUGGGCAUCCUGUUCAUGCCAAUGCAAUGAUACUAAUUUCUUUGUAUGCAAUGGGGAGGUUUCAAGAUGUGUGGGGAGAAGAUUGCUUGGAGUUCAAGCCUGAGAGGUGGAUCUCUGAGGGAGGAGGCAUUGUUUAUGUUCCAUCUUACAAAUUCUUUAGUUUUAGUGCAGGACCAUGGACUUGCUUGGGAAAGGACUUGUCCUUCAUUCAAUUGAAGAUGGUGGCAGCAGCUAUUUUGAGAAACUAUAGGGUCCAUCCGGUGGAAGAUCAUGUUCCUACUCUGAGCUACUCAUUUAUACUCCUUAUGAAGAAUGGCUUCAAGGUUAGGAUAACAAAAAGAGAAGCUUGA